AUGGCACAGUUGCUAGAUCUUCAGCACUUUGAGGCGGUGAUCACGGCCAACGGUGGCGCAGAGUUUGAACACAAGGGCCACAUUUUUCAAUUCCGAGACGCGACGACGGGGUCGGAAGAUUGCGAGGUCUGCAAGCGCCCACUCAAAGUCAUCAUCAAAGCCUCUCGACGACUCCAGUGCUGCGGAUGCAACAUCAACGUGCACAAGCGAUGUCACCAACAGCUGGAACGCCCUUGUAUCAAGAAUCGCUUCCCGCAUGGAUUCCCAUCGUUGGUGACGAGCAUAUGCCCCAAUCACGGACUGGGUGCUCAAGAGUACCAGUGCGAGGAGUGCAAGACCCAGCUGGCGUUUUCGGGCAUGUUUGCAGAGCCCCACUUGUGCGAUUACUCGGGGCGCUACUAUUGCAGUGCCUGUUUCAAGGCCGCACGCUCAGUCACACCUGCACGGGUCGUGCUAUCAUGGGAUUUUAGUAAGCAGACGAUGAGCCAGACAAGUCGUGACUUGAUUGUGGCGCAGAUGGACAAACCUUUGUUGAAUCUUCGAGAGCUCAACGCGAGUCUCUUUGGCCACGUCGAGUCUCUAUUUCGAGCGCGACACCUGCGCCGGCGCCUGUAUCGGAUGGCGAGCUAUGUGGUGUCCUGUUCGCACGCGCAGGAGGAGCGGUUGCUGCGGAGCUUGCGAGAGCGACCCCAUUUUGUGGCGCGAUCGCAGAUGUGGAGUCUGGUUGACCUGAUAGAGCUGCACAGGGGAGAUCUGCUCAAGGUCCUGGAGGAGGUCGCGGACAAGUGUGAGAAACACAUUCGGGCAACGUGUGAGCGCUGUACGCAGCUGGGCGACCACUGUGAGCUGUGUGGGAAUAGCCGACAGCUGUUUGCAUUUGAUGACGAUGUGAUACGGUGCGAAGGUUGCAACACGCUGUACCAUCAGCAGUGCUACACAGGGCCGGCGGCGUGUCGUCGUUGUCAGCGAAUGCGAUUGCGUGAAGCUUCUUAA